GGAAAAGCCUCCUGGCUCUUUGUGGCUAAAAGCUAGCUGUCAGGUGUUAACAUUUUUCCACGUCGCGUUUAACAUGGCCUCGCCGCAACACCAGCAACAGCCGCUCCUGCACAACACGGAGGUGAGCUGCGACCCCAGCGGGGAUGGCGCGGUGUCGGUGCGGGUCAACAACAGCGGCAACCCGAAUAAGCUCGGCCCCACGGCCCUCGGCGGGGGAGGCACCGGGGGCGGCGCGAAGCGCUGCAAGUACAGCAUUUCCUCCAGCUGCAGCUCGGGGGAGUCGGCCGUGCGGCGGACGGCGGCGGCGAGCGUGCGCGGCCCGCGGAAAGUGCCGCAGCUGUUCGAGCGGUCGGCGGCGCAGUGGUGGGACCCGCGCUUCGACUCGCCGGUCCUGGAGGAGGCGUGCCGGGAGCGCUGCUUCCCGCAGAAGCGGCGCCGCUUCCGCUACGUGCUCUUCUACCUGGCCGCGGCGGGCCUCACCUGGGGCGCGUACUUCGCCGCCAACGGGGCCAGGUGCGAGCACGCCGCCUUCCUCACUCCCACCGCCGCCUUCCUCCUCCUCUGCCUCCUCCUCUUCCUCUUCACCUUCACCCGACUCUACCGCCGCCUCUACGGCCAGGCCUCCCUCCUGCUGGUCGUGGCGGCCUUCGCGCUCACGCUGGCGCUGCAGACCCAGACGGCGGGCUUCGGUGACCCGGGAGGGGGGCCCAACCUCACCCUGGGGGGCCACCCCGCCGCUGGGGGAAGCCCCCCCUGCAUCUCCUCGGUGGGCACCUUCUCCCUCUGCAUGGAGGUGCUGCUGCUGCUCUAUAGCGUCCUCCACAUCCGCCUCUACGCCUCCGUCCUCCUCGGGCUGCUCUACUCCGUGCUGUUCGAGGCACUGGGGUGCCUGUCUCUGCGGCAGGGGGCCGGCGUCGGCGGGGGGCCCCCCGCGGGGGACCUGGGCUGGCUGGUGCCGGCCAAGGCCCUGCUGCACCUGUGCGCCCACGCCAUCGGCGUGCACCUGUUCAUCAUGUCGGAGGUGCGGUCCCGCAGCACCUUCCUGAAGGUGGGCCAGGCCAUCAUGCACGGCAAGGACCUGGAGGUGGAGAAGGCGCUGAAGGAGCGCAUGAUCCACUCGGUCAUGCCCCGGCCGGUGGCGGACGAGCUGAUGAAGCAGGGCGACGAGGAAGGGGGCGAGGGGGGCGUCAGCCCGGGCGGCGCCGCCUCCUCUUCCUCCCCCUCCUCCUCCUCCUCCAGCCCCAAGGGCCACAAGCGGAAGAAGACGUCCAUCCCGCGGGGCCAGAUCAUCUUCCGGCCCUUCAACAUGAAGCGCAUGGAGCCCGUCAGCAUCCUGUUCGCAGACAUCGUGGGCUUCACCCGCAUGAGCGCCGACAAGUCGGCCCACGCCCUGGUGGGGCUGCUCAACGACCUGUUCGGCCGCUUCGACCGCCUGUGCGAGCUGACGCGCUGUGAGAAGAUCAGCACGCUGGGCGACUGCUACUACUGCGUGGCGGGCUGCCCGGAGCCCCGCCCCGACCACGCCUACUGCUGCGUGGAGAUGGGGCUGGGCAUGAUCCAGGCCAUCGAGCGCUUCUGCGGCGAGACGGGCGAGACGGUGGACAUGCGCGUGGGCGUGCACACGGGCACCGUGCUCUGUGGAAUCCUCGGCAUGCGCCGCUUCAAGUUCGACGUCUGGUCCAACGACGUCAACCUGGCCAACCUCAUGGAGCAGCUGGGCGUGGCCGGCAAGGUGCACCUGUCCGAGGCCACCGCCGGCUUCCUGGACGACCGCUACCAGCGGGAGGACGGCCGCGUGGCCGAGCGGGUCGGGCCCGGCGUGGUGGCUGAGCAGCUCAAAGGGCUGAGGACCUACCUGAUCUCAGGCCGGAAGGUGGAUCAGUCCCAGUGCAGCUGCUCUCAGACGGCUCUGGCUGGGCGGGACCCUGAGGAGGCACAGAGGCCCGUGAAGCACCCCCACACUCCCGACGACACCCCGAUCCUCGCCUCCGAGAACCCCUGCCACAGGCAGCCCGACAACGCCAAGUCUCCCUGCCUCUCCUGCAGUGUGCUGGUGCAGGUGGAGGAUCAGACAGUGGAGGAGGGAGCGGUGCAAAAUGGCUGUCAGGACGAGCACAAGACCAACAGCAGCAAGCAGCUGGCCCAGGGGCGGAGUCCCAAAGCGGCCAACGGGCUCCUCGGCCCCCCUCCGGAGGAGCCGGUGAGCAACAGCCAGACGUCGCUGUGCGAGAUGCUGCAGAAGGACAAGGUCUGGGGCGGGGGCGGCGCCAUGGACCACUCCGCCCUCAUCCCCCUGCGCUCCAAGAGCUUCCGCCAGAGGAGCGACGCCCACUUCGUGGACGUCAUUAAGGAGGACAGUCUCAUGAAGGAUUACUUCUUCAAGCCCCCCAUCAAUAAGAUCAGCCUCAACUUCCUGGAGAAGAGCCUGGAGUCGGCCUACAGGAACAGCUACCAGGAGGAGGUGGAGACGCAGGCGGCGGUGCAGACCUUCGCCAGCCCUACCUUCAGCAGCUUCCUGGACGUGCUGCUGUCCUGCGCCGUGUUCCUGGCGCUGACGCUGGCCUGCUUCCUGCGGCCGUGGCUGAGGGGCGGCACGCCCCCCCCGCCCGCCAUCGCCCUCGCUGCCGUGGCCGCCGUGCUGGAGGCCGUCUCGCUGGUGACGGCUGUCCGCAUGGCCUUCUACCUGGGCAGUGUGCAGGGCUGCACCCAGAUGCUUCUCAGAGUCAUAUCUGGCUGGGUCCCUCGUCACCUCUUUGGAGCGGUGCUGGUGUCCCUGCCGGCUGUGUCCGUCUUCACACAUGUCACCUGCAACCCCCGCCUGCCCAUACAGGUCACCAUGUUCAUCUGCUGUGCCACCAUCAUCGCCCUCAUCCAGUACUGCAACUUCUGCCAGCUCAGCUCCUGGAUGCGCUCCAUCCUGGCCACGGCCGCAGGGGUCUCGCUGCUCGGCCUGCUCUACAGCCCCCUCUGUAGGGAUAAGUCUGGCAACCUGAUGAACACCAGCGAUGAGUUGGUUUUGACACUGGCACCGAGACCGGGCCUGGACCUGGACCCGCACGCCCAGCUGGGUCCGGAGGCUGCCCUGGCCUUCUUCCUGGCGCUGCUGCUGGUCUGGUUCCUGAACCGCGAGCUGGAGGUGAGCUACCGACUCCAUUACCACGGCAACGUGGAGGCGGACAGGCACCGCAUCAAGAUCCAGAACAUGCGGGACCAGGCGGACUGGCUUCUGCGCAACAUCAUCCCCAUCCACGUGGCCGAGCAGCUGAAGGUGACGCAGAGCUACUCCAAGAACCACGACAACGCCGGCGUCAUCUUCGCCAGCAUCGUCAACUUCAGCGAGUUCUACGAGGAGAGCUACGAGGGCGGCAAGGAGUGCUACCGCGUGCUCAACGAGCUGAUUGGCGACUUCGACGAGCUGCUGCGCCAGCCGGCCUUCGCCAGCGUGGAGAAGAUCAAGACCAUCGGCGCCACCUACAUGGCGGCGUCGGGGCUGAAGCCGCAGCAGUGCGGCGAGGCGGGCCGGCCUCACGGCCACCUGAGCGCGCUCUUCGACUUCGCCCUGAAGAUGAUGCACGUGGUGGACGAGUUCAACAAGAACAUGCUGGGCUUCCAGUUCAAGCUGCGCAUCGGCUUCAACCACGGCCCGCUGACGGCCGGCGUCAUCGGCACCACCAAGCUGCUGUACGAUAUCUGGGGCGACACGGUGAACAUCGCCAGCCGCAUGGACUCCACCGGCGUGGAGUGCCGCGUGCAGGUGAGCGAGGAGAGCCACCGCGCCCUCGCCGACGUGGGCUACGACUUCGAGUACCGCGGCACCGUCAACGUCAAGGGCAAGGGCCAGAUGCGGACCUUCCUGUACCCCAGGAGCGCCGGCGGCGUGCCCCCACCACGGGAUCGGCUCGCCCCGCUGCCCCCCUCUGCUGCCGACGGGACCGGGGGCUCCCCCGGCGGCCCGCCCAACGCAUGCUCUGGCCCCGGGGCCCCUGGAAAUGCCACAGAGGCUCCUGGGAGAGGCAGAGACUGUCUGAGCGCCUCUGUUGGUCCGGGGCCCACCCCUGCGCCGGCCCCCGUUCUGGCCCCCUGCCCGGGUGCGGCGCAACCUACCUCCAAGGCUGGUGCCUCCUCCACCUCGACCGCCCCUGCUCGGCCAGGGACCCCCAUGUCAGGGCAGAGGGAGGAGCAGGAGCAGGAGGAGGAAGAGGAGGAGGAGGAGGAGGCCUCCGAGCUGACCAAACUCAGAGCAGAGGAGGGGCUACGAUACACCCCUCAGACCUAGCUCUUCUCACAGCCUUGCACUCCAGCGGAAGUGGGUGUGUUCGUUUCCUCUGCGUGUGUGUGCAUGCAAGGGCGCGGGGUUGGGGGUUGGGUACUUCAGAAACCCCCAAAACCCACAAAAACACACACGCACACACGCAUACACAUUUAAUGAAGCACAUACCCAGAGUCUGCCACAAACCAGUCGGUGGGCGGAGAUUCACUGUCACCGUGGCUCACUCUUUAACUAGGGGGCGGGGCCAGAAGGGGGAGGAGCCACGGCACAUGGGUUUGAAUUCAGGGGGCGGGGCUCAGGACUGAAGCACUCUUUGUUUUUAUUGUUUUGGGCUUUCUUUGUAUGUCUUUUUUUUUUCUUACUUUUGAUUAAGUGCCUUCAGGACAAAUUUGGAAAAAAAAAGAUGAAUGAGAAGAAGAAUCCUCCAUAAAACACUGAGAUUAAACAAGAGACUGAAAUAGAACAGAACAAAAGCGUUGAAACAUAACAAUCAUAGCAUGGCUUUUAAAAAAAAGUAGACAACGGAUAAUGCUGUGUUUCUCAUAGGGUUUUUUUUGGCUAACGUGUCAUAACUACCAUUGUUGUUUUCUUUAUAUCAGUUUUUUAAAUGAAAGCAAUCCUGUCUCGUGGAAUCGAGCGUGUGGAGCUGAGGCAGCAGCAUGCCAGGGGAGAAUAAAGGGAAUUGUGGGUAAAGAGGGAAUGGCAGUGAGGAAAUGGAAGCUCUCCGAUGACGGCCUGUGUGUAACACAGACUGGGUUGAAGGAGGGAGGGCAGUUCACCCUCCCCUGACGUUGGGAGAGACCAAUCACUGCACUACUUUCAUUGAAGUCAGUAGUCAAAUUUAAGUCAACAACAUCAUAGGCUAAAUACAAAGCACAGAUUACGCACAACUUUAUACAGGUUUUUCUUUUUUUUUUAGAGCAAAAAAAAACUAAUACUGCAAAGGGAACAGGGUUGCUACAGCCUCGGUCUGUUUGAGUGGAUGCGCUAAGACCAGCAGUGGGCAACUCCUGCACUUCAUAGACAGGUACAGUCAGCACUAAUAAGCUCUGCAGGUAACUGCCAGUCUGUGCUAGGGGCAAAACAAAACAAAAAAAAAGCAAACCUACAAUUGGAGAAUAGACUGUUUUCAAUAUGAUGAUUAUUAUUAUUAGGCACAGUUAAAACUCUGAGUUGGAGUUACCUAAAGUGGACUUUUGCCUGUUGUCUUACAGCAGUGUAGUGGAGCCUCGGACUCGCACAGGUCUCACACAGGUCUCACUGCGGUUGCACGCAAGUCUCCUUCAGGUCUCACAGUGGUCUCAUCCAGGUCUUGGGGAGUCCAAGGGAAGUUGUUGGGUCCCCUUUGCAUUUAACAGAUGCAGGAAACUUUAAAAUAAACUGAUAAGGGAAUAGAGUGCAGAAAAUGGAAUAUAUUAAAGAUGGUGCUAAAGACGGAUGAUUUUUGAUACAGACCAUUUUUGUUUUUUUUGUUUUUUUUAAAUGAUGACAAGACAUUGCACAAAACCCUUACUGUCUGAACCAAGACAAGUGUAAUUUUGGAUUACCAGCCUGUGAUCAGAUCAAGUGUGUAAAGUGUACACGGUCCACUUGUUUUCAGAGCUGAAACAACAGUUCCUAAACAGAAUUCAGUUAAACACGUCUGCUUGCAGCACACAAGCCUCAGGCCUGAUACCCAGCACUUUACAAAGUGUGAGAGGGGCUUUGAGAGUUACCUUGUCGGUGGGGAAAUCAUGUCUGUUUACUGAGUGGUUUGGACCGGUCAGUGUGUUGCUACGGAGAGUCAUGAUUGGUUCAAAUCAGUGAUUGAAAGCAAUUCUCAGCUCCAUCCUUUAUGUGGUUCCUGAUUUAUUUUCCCAUUAGAUGGCGGUCAUUUGAUUAUCAGGGCCUGUAUGUAAAACAGAAAACAGUCAGGUUUUUAAAUGAAAGUCACAUGCUAACAUUGUUAUUUACUGUUAAAUACAAUUUGGUCAACUCCUGAGAAAAGUGGUAUACUAUCAUCCAAAGUGGAAAUCUUACUACCUGUUUAUUACCUGUCUGAAAAAUAAGGCAUGCUGAUUAACAUGUUUAUUAAAUGUUUUCUAACAGUAUAACCAGGCCCUUAAAAUGAAGUGAAUAAGUCCCUGUAACCUAACUAGCCUCAAGAAUGAUUGAAUGAUGGAUGGGGGUGGGAGGGGGUAAAGUCCAAUCACAGCUCCUGUUUGAGUUUUAGGGGGGUUCUGCUGUAUUGGUGUACUUAAUCAUGUGCCACUUUCAUUGAGUUAAUAUCUGGGUGCAAUGCUACCCUUUUUUGUAGUCAUUUUUGAUAGCUUUCUUAUGGCUUAAUAUGUAUGAUACAUUGUAUUUUUGAUUUUUCUUCUGCAUGCGUGAGUGCGUGCAUGUGUGCGUGUGUG